AUGUGUUUUAUUGGUUACAAGUACGACGACCCAGAGAUGCUGACCGGAAAAAGAACCGAGAGGAGGGAUAGAAACAGUACAAGUGAAAAACAAUUAAUUACUCCACUACAUAAGAUUAUAGUACAGUUAAUAUUCAAGAUUAGGCCUUGGCCUAUAUUCUGUGAUCAAUUCCGGUGUCUGUUAAAGUUGCUAGCCAAUUCCGGUGGAAAUCAGAAGCCAGCAUGGUUGGAAGCCCUGUACAUGCAGAAGUUCUUCAUUUCAUGCCCAAUUCACGAGAACUCGAAGAAGAAUGAGAAAAACGUAUUCUGCUUGGACUGUUGCACAAGUAUUUGCCCUCACUGCGUGCCCUCCCAUCGAUUUCACAGGCUCGUUCAAGUUCGUCGUUACGUAUAUCACGAUGUCGUCCGGUUGGAAGACUUAGAGAAAAUUAUAGACUGCUCCAAUGUGCAGGCUUAUACUAUCAAUAGUGCCAAGGUGGUAUUCAUAAAGAAGAGACCACAAAACAGGCAGUUUAAAGGGUCUGGAAAUUAUUGCACUUCUUGUGAUAGAAGCCUCCAAGAACCUUACAUCCAUUGCUCUCUAGGCUGCAAGGUGGACUUUUUGGUGAAGCACUACAAGGACCUAUCACCAUACAUAAGACCAUGCCACACAUUGCAACUAAGCGCGGACUUCUUUGUCCCACAAGAAAUGGGAGAUGAUGAAAUGACCAACGAGACCCCUCACUCCACAAUUGUCGACGGCACCGAGUACGAACCCAUGUGCUGGUCUUCUGGUUCUUCGGGGUCUGAGACCAUGAGUGUCGGGUGCACCACCAGCUUCGUUCGAAAGAAGAGAAGUGGUUUGUAUCUCUGUGGAAGAUCAGCUACUAAGGUUUCAGCUGAGGAAGAAGACAUGGCCACUUGCAUUAGUAGAAGGAAAAGCAUUCCUCAUAGGUCUCCUUUGUGUUAACCAAAUUAACUGAUGAGCUAGCCCUACCCUUUUUUUUUACCACAAGAAAAAAUUACACCAACUCUAUGAUGUGCACAUGUUUAUGUGCACAAAAUGC